AUGUCUGGUCAACUUCUCAACAUACCAACCUCGACUCAGACAGUGUCAGUAUCUGUCAUCAACACGACAGCCACCAUAAAAGGCAUCGACACUUGGAAGUUCUUUGAGCCCCCGAUCAAAGGUCAUGAGUGGCUGGCUGCCCCGUGCUACUCGUUCUUAAUCGAACACAAAGAUGCCAGCGGUGCAACUCGCCGUCUGGUGUUCGACUUGGGUAUCCGCAAAGACUGGCAAAACCUGUCACCCUUUCUGAUCAAGCGCUUUGAGACGAAUGGAUACGCAGUGGAUGUCAAGCAAUCAGUCAGAGAGAUUCUGGAAUCCAACGACAUCAGUUGUGCUGGCGAUCAAAUCGAAGCUUUGAUAUGGAGUCACUGGCACUUCGAUCACACUGGGAACCCCAGCGAGUUUCCCUCUGCAACCGAACUGAUAGUUGGUCCUGGGUUCAAGGAGAAGCUGUUGCCAGGCUAUCCUACAAACGCCGAGAGUGCCAUUCUCGAGUCUGAUUACACCGGCCGUACUCUCGAGGAGGUCGACUUCAGCCAAAGUGGCGUCCGAGUUGGCCAAUUCGCUGCGGUCGACUACUUUGGCGAUGGCAGCUUCUUCCUCCUGGAUUCUCCGGGGCAUGCUGUUGGCCAUAUCUGUGGUUUAGCUCGCGUGACGAGCGAGCCAGCUUCUUUCGUAUUCAUGGGCGGGGAUAUAGCCCAUCACGCAGGCGAGUGGAGACCUUCACCACACCUUCCACUGCCGGAGCAGAUCAAGCCUCAUCCCUUCCACGACGAGCCUCAAGCAAGUACUCCUUUCUGUCCUGGAAGCCUGUUUGAGAAUCUCGGACAAUCAAGGUCAUCUGGAGGCAGCCGUACGGAGACCUUCUACAAGCCAGCCAAGCUUGAGACCGGUCAGAUCCACCAUGAUAUAGAUCAGACCAUCGCCAGCAUUGAGAAAAUGCAAGAGCUGGACGGCAUCAAGGACGAGAGCAUCAUGAUGUGCGUGGCGCACGAUGAAACCCUUCUCGGCGUCAUCGAUUUCUUUCCGAAGACCGUCAACGACUUUGUACAGAAAGACUGGGUAGGAAGACUGAGGUGGAAGUUUCUGCGUGACUUUGCGAGUGCCGUCGACCAUGAGAUUCCGGGCAAGCAAAGCUGGGCGCCCGUCACGAAGUCUUGA